CACCCUUGGGAAGUAGAGUAGAGGAGGUGGAGCCGUGGAGGUGGAGGAGGUGGUGCCUUUAAUCUCAACCAUCCUUUGUCUGCUUCCGCCGCAUGGGUGAGGUCAUUUUGUCUAGAUGACGUGCAAUUUACAAUGAUACUUCGUAUUUAGCUUCAGUCUCUCAUUCAUCUUCUAACUCCGUUCCGCGCCGCGAUUCCAAUCAGAGACAAAACUCCCUUCUCCUCCUCCUUCUCCAAUUCCCAAAACCCUACAUUCGCCGCAGCUCAACCAGUUCACUUCACUUCCCUUCUUCCUCGUCAAUUCAGGGUAAGGAGUUUAAGGCUCUGAGUGAGACUAGAAGAGAUGGAGGGUGGUGAAAAACCGGUGGAUAAUAUGGAAAUUGUUGAUGAUGAUACGACUUUGCUACCCCAGAAUUCUGACAAGGAUCAGAAUGCGGGUUCCUCUCCUAUGGUGCUUGCUCCCAAUUCUCUUGCUCAGAUACCAAAGGAUGAAGUUAUGGUUGAUCAGGGGGAUGAUGAUAACAGAAUUGGGGAUUCUACUCCGAAUAACAUGCUAGAAGUCAAAACAGGUAGUGAGAAUCAGCUUGAGCUUGAAGAUGUGAAAACGCCUUUGCAUCAGGAAUUGGUCACUCCAAAGUCCAGAGAAAGGAAUGUCAGAGAAAUGAAGAGCGUGCUAAACGAUACUGAGGUGGUUGAUUAUGAUGAGCCUGGUGCGUCUCUGGAGCGAGAAGCAUUUAUGAAAGAGCUCGAGAAUUUCUACAGAGAAAGGUCCUUGGAAUUUAAGCCUCCUAAGUUUUAUGGAGAGCCACUAAAUUGCCUGAAGUUAUGGAGAGCUGUUAUCAGACUUGGUGGCUAUGAUGUGGUAACUGGAUCCAAGUUGUGGCGCCAAGUAGGAGAGUCUUUCCACCCCCCAAAGACUUGCACAACAGUCUCAUGGACAUUUAGAAUCUUCUAUGAGAAGGCACUUUUGGAGUAUGAAAAGCAUAAGAGAGAAAUUGGGGAGUUACAGCUCCCUGUUGGAGUAUUCCCUCAACCGUCAAGUGUGGAAAAAGAGACCACUGUUUAUCAGGCUCCAGGCUCAGGUAGGGCGCGGAGGGAUGCGGCAGCGCGUGCAAUGCAAGGUUGGCAUGCUCAGCGCCUUCUUGGUUACGGUGAGGUUGCUGAGCCAGUUAUUAAGGAUAAGAACUUCAACCCUACAACAAAGCGUGAAAAGAACCUCAAAAGUAUUGGUGCGAUCAAUAAACAGAGGACACCGUCUGUUCUUGAGCAUGUUGAAAAAGCUGCAAACAUCGACGGAGAUAGGCAGUUGGUCACAGCAGUAGUGGACGUUGGACCCCCAGCUGACUGGGUGAAGAUCAACGUGCGGGAAACCAAAGAUUGUUUUGAAGUGUAUGCGCUAGUUCCUGGGCUCCUCCGUGAGGAGGUACGAGUCCAAUCAGAUCCAGUUGGACGUCUUGUUAUAACUGGUAUGCCAGAACAUAUUGACAACCCAUGGGGAAUCACCCCCUUCAAAAAGGUUGUGAACUUACCUGCAAGAAUUGAUCCCCUUCAAACAUCUGCAGUUGUUAGUUUGCAUGGUAGACUAUUUGUUCGGGUUCCUUUUGAGCAGGGAGCCGUGUAAAUUUUCCUCCCUCCAAUGGUUGGUUUCUCAAAUUUCCUCAAAAGGAGUUACAGUUUUCUGAAAAAUCAGGGUGGUUAUGCUAGGAACUAGUCUAGCCCUGUCAGAUUAGUUGAAACUAUUAAUUUUUUAAUUCUCUUUAGGUAAAAUACCGCAUUUAACUUAUGCAAUAUGCUUGAUUUUCCUGUGUUAAAUUCCCUUUUACCUUCAUACCCAAGAAAUGGAAUUUUUAUGUAUUCAUUUUGCAUUGGGGGAUAUUCAUUAGUAACAGUGUGUAGGAUUCAAAUAAGAUACUAUAGCAUAUGUUUCCAUACCCGUACUUUUAAAAAAUUACUUGUAUCAAGACCUAUAUCUGUGUAUUAUGUAUCUCUAUUAUUUAUACUUUAGUCAA